AUGGAUGGAGCCACCGCGGAAAAACCAACCUUUCGCAUUAUAGCGCCCGAGUUCAUAUGUAAUCCAGCUGAAGCUUAUGGAACCAACCGCGAUAAUAAUAGUGCAGCCGACGCCGGAAUGACCCGUGGGAAUGCUACACAAUCCUCACGCCAAUUAACGAUCGGCUUUCAAACAAAUGGCGGCCAACGGUUGCAUUACCGUGUGAAGACGUACUUCACGCUACUAGGCGACACCGGGUUUAUCAGUCAACGGCACACGGUUGGCCUUUGGCGUGCCGUUCGGCAGCUUGAACAGCGCGUACGCCGGGAUGGUGAUACGAUCGCCCAAAACGGUGAGAUGACAAUCGGUACGGAUGAGCUGCUGCCGGGUGUUGUGUACACGUUCGGUGUCGUUGCGGUUGAUGCCGAUGGUAGGGAAAGUGAGGAGCAAAACUUUACCAUGACGUAUAGGAACGUGGAGCAGGGUGCUUCGUUCGAGCAUGGAGGAUCGAGCCGGAGCAGUGAUGAUGUGUCCCUGUUGAUGCUCGGUGCUGAGAAAACGUACGCCGACGUGGAGUACAUUGUAACGGCACAAUUAAUCUUCUGUCGACGACGAACGGAUUACUAUUUCCGCUGGACGGUUGGACCGUUGAGCGAUGGUGGUGAGCUGGUGGUUGUCGAUAUGGAGCGGUCAAAGAUGCUACAGAUACCGGCAGGAAGUUUGCUCCCGGGCCGUUCGUACGAUAUUGAAGUAUCGGUGUACUCAACGUCGACUGUGGAGGAGGUUAUUGCGAAGACACAUAUGACGGUGAGCGUGUUGAAACGCGACCUGGAAGUAGUUCUGUUUCCUGUCGAAGCUGUAGUCGGGAUCGAUCAAGCCGUCCAGUUACGAUCGUAUGCAACUGGAGGUGAAGUUGUGUGGUCAUGUCAGAAGAUGGGUGACGACAGCAACUGUAACGAUACAUUCGAUAUCGGGGAUGGAACUGUUGUCGUCACCUUCUACAACGAAGGACAGUAUCACGUAAAGGGUUCCGUCUUGACUGACUUACAGGAAGAAAUUGAAUCCCACGCGUCGUUGACAGUUAAUCCAAAGGUAACCCCGUCCGUAAGGAUACUGCAGUGGUCGAACUAUCCAGCCAUUGCCCAUGAACCAUUCGAGCUACUCGUAAGCGUUGCUGGACUUGUACCGAACUGCUACUCCAACUGGACGGUUGUGAAAGGUGAAGAAGGUUUUGCUUAUUUUGACCCUGCUCUGCUGCCGAAUGGCACCACCUUGGGUGGGCUGUUUAUUCGGGACAUUGAGGAAAACUUCCUCUCGGAGCUGGUUGACUACGGCAAUGAUACUGUUGUGAAGGAUAUCGUACUGUCCAUCCCGGGUGGUAUGGUAACAGGACCAUGGAAAGGACUCGAACCGGAUGUACGUUACAAGCUACGACUGGAAACGGUAUGUCCGGAACCGUUCGAUGAUAGCAAAAUGGUGGGCCAGACGCAGCGUGCACAGGUUAAAAGCUACUGGACGUUCGUGUUGGAGACGAACGGUGCACCACAAGCUUUACCGAUCGUGAUUUCCCCGGGGAACAAUGGGACGGCCCUGGAGACCGUGUUCAAGCUAUCGACCGGCAUUGCAAAGGACACGGAACGGGACUAUCCGUUGAGAUAUAGCUUCUGGUACGUAGCGGAUGGGGUGGACAUACAUGUUGCCAGCAACUACGAAAUAACAUCGGCCGAAACCGUUCUCCCGUACACUAAAACUGGACAGGUCGGCACGUAUGCGAUCGUUUGUGAUUCGCGCCACGCAUGUACGAAGAUCGUCGGUCCCAAUUUAUCCAUCGCACCGGGCAUGGAACCAUCGAAGGAAGCUAUGUUGUACGCUUUUGAAGCGAUCGAAGCAUAUUUCGAUCGUCUCAACUAUCGCGAUGCACUCAAGUGUGCUUUCGAGCUGCUAAUAACGUUGCGGAAUCGCCAUUCGUCUCAGUACGACACGACAUACCGUCGGUUUAUCGACCUUCUGAAGCAAUCCAUCGUGCACAUUCGCAAGGUGUACGGUGAAACAGCGUACCUAUCCGAUGCAUCCGUACAGGACUUUGUCCAGCAAACGAAACCCAUCCUGGAUCUGGAGGAAGCGAACAAUCACGAGCUGUUCCAGCAGCUACUGGAACUGAUGGAUUCAUCAUCGCUAGACACUGCACGCCGAAUCAAACGUUCGCCACAGAUGGCCAACGCUCCCGAAAGCAUCUCCAAAAUCAACACCAAACUGUCCCUAAUGGAAAGCUUAACCGUGUCGAAAAACGUAUCCGCCGCGAGUCAGGCUCGCCUCAGCCUGCUAAGCUUCGUACAUCAGGCCACCAAAAACUAUUGCACAGUCGAAACGCAAUACAUUUACGUGGGACAACUCAUCACGCUACACAUGAACCGGUACCGUAGCCUAUCGGAAGUAGCCUUCGGACAGGUGCCAGUACCGAACAAAGUGUUGCUUAGUGCUUCACCGGCUCGUUUGAAAUUUUUGGACGCUUUUCCCGACACGGAAUACUACUGUCUGGGUCGUAUCUAUUACGCGCGGGAUUUGUUCAACGAAAAGGAAGCACACGAGCUGGAUUUGGGUUUCUACGAAGCGUUCGUACUGUCCGUCGAGAAGGGUGGCAUGUGGACGCUGGUAGACUGGAGAAGUGACUACUUUCUGUGGUCGCUGGAUGGAAGACGAUUGCCGAAUGUGACGUGUCAACUUUGGAAGAACAACGCUUGGAGCAGCAAACAUUGCACCACGGUAGAAACUGUCACGGAUGAGGUCCGAUGUAACUGUACUAAGUUAGCGUACUUGAGAAUUUCAAACGACACAGAGACGACCUUCUUCGAUGCUUCAUCGACGGAAUCUACGACAAUGGCUUUACCAGCUAGCGUGACAGAACCAUCACCAGACUCUACCACCGUUCCAGAACACGGAAGCUCUACCGAGCCACUAACCGUAGCGUCCGACCGACCGACAACUUCGGGGCCAUCAAGCGCAAACCUGCCCACCAACACGUCCGAAGCUGUCACUGUUACCGAAAGUGACAUGCUGACGCUUGGCUCGAUACCGGACAAUGCGACCGAACCUACCGAAAGCUUUCCCGUCGCAUCGCCAGCAAACACGUCCAUUGCCGAUAAUGGACCUAGUGCCCUUUUGCAGGGUGGUGGUGGUAACGAAACCGGAACCAACGCAUUGCGCAACCAGUCGUUGGAAGUUUCCUCGAUCGGAUACACGAUCCUGGGUGCAAUGGCGAUCGCUUCACUAGCAAUGGUAGUGCUGAUUGUGGUCUAUCGGCGGCGCAAGGCUGUGCUGCGUUUAGCCGACGAGCUGCACACCGUACCGUCGAGAAGUCGCACACAACCCUCCCCACACGUACGGUACGCCCGGUUUCAAGACGAGCACAACAUGGCCGGCGAUAACGUGUCCACCAUAUCGGACGUACUGACAAUCUAG